AUGAUGAGCUUGAAGCAUCUCGUAUUCCUGCUCUGCGCUUCACAUGCGAUCGCAUCACCAUGGAACAGGCAUGAACAACGUGGCGUGCCUCACGGUCCUCCGGCAUACGGCGAAGACGAUGGCUCGUCGAGCACCCCGAGGCCCACUCAUUGGAGCGGCACAACCACUACCCAUCCCACUCUGCCCUUCUCACCCUACGUCCCAUCAGCUCACACUUCUCGCCCAGCGGGACCACCGCCCAAUUACGGCCCUGUCUCAUCGUCCACAUGCGAUACAUGGACACUGACCUUACCCGCUGGGCCUGUGAGCACGGUGACAGAAUACUCGACCAAGACGCUCCCUGGCAAGCUUUCCACACAUACUGAGACCCAGACCGCCCCUGGUACCACUGUCACAUCGAAAAUCUACUCCACUGUCACCAAGUAUCAAACCACUGGGCAGAACGUUUCAACGAUUUACCAGCACACAACCAUUUACAGUUCAACGACUGCAUGGCAAUACAGCUAUCUUACCAAGACUUCAACAACAACUUGCACGAAAAGCAUCACCACUUCUCUGCCGGGUGCCGCUGUUACAGAGAAGUCUGUGCAGCCGGCUUCCACCAUCACCCAGUGGCGCACCGUGUCUGGUCCCACCAGAAUUGUCACUGUCGAAGAGACUGAAUUCGAGUACUCGACCGUUUACAACACGCAUACAUCGACUGAGACGAAGGUUGUCACAGCCCCAGGCACGACAACCACCUACUACUCAACGGUCCUUGGUGGACCAGUCGAGACUCAGUACAUCACUCAGAGUUUGGCAGCAAGCACCGUAUACUCUACUGCCACUGUUACUGCCAAGCAGGUGUCUACGGUUGUAGUGACAUCAAGAGUCCCGGCGGGCCCAGCAACGACGGUGACAGUCGUUAUUCCAGCUCAGACUUCUUACAUCACCCAAUCAAUCACCAAAGACUACACAACAACGAUCACAUCAUACGCCGCUCCAGCCACUGUCACUGAGACCGUAGUCAGCCACAGCGUGUCAAUAGAGACUUGCUACAAAACACUGCCUCCUGCCACUAUCACUAGUACAUCUUGGCAAGCUGCCUCGACAAUUACCAGCUACCAGACUAUCACCUCUGAUUUCAUCUCUACCAUUACCUCCUUUGUCGCACCCAGUACUAUUACAUCGUAUUGGACUAGCACUCUUCCGGUUCAGACAUCUACAUCUAUUGUCUACGAGGUCGUCACCAAGCCUGUCUAUGAGACUACUACCAAGACCCUUGCACCGUCCACAGUGACCUCGGUCGAAACGGAGACCCGCACCGCGGCAAUAGUCAGCUGGACUACCAAAACAUUGGCACCAUCCACGAUCGUGUCAACCGAAGUGAUGACUUUUACGAAGCCAAUAGUGACUGUCAUUACCGAGACUGUAGCACCAUCCACAUUGACCUCUACAAAGACCGAGAAAUACACGAUACCGGUCACGGAGGUCACGACGAAGACGCUCGCUCCAUCAACGGUCACGAUCGAGGAGACGGAAACACGCACCAAAUUUAUCACCGACCACCGAACAGCGACAGAAGAGGUCACGAUCACCAGAGUCUCGACAGCCCCGGGUACGACCUACGUCCAUACAACCACAGACAUCGACAGCCUUACUUUUGUCACCACAAAGUACAAGCCAACCACAAUCACGGUCCAGGCUUCUUGCGGAUCAAAGCCGACACACCAUCCUCAGAGUUCCACAGAGACAAUCACGUACUAUCCUCCUCCAAAGACCUACACGACGACAUGUACUGUAACAGCAAGUCAGCCAAAGCCUCCGAAAACUGUGACCGAAAGUGCUACGUUGACAAUCACAACUUCCGGGUUUCCACGCAGCCCGAAGACCACGACUGUUACCAGUAGCUAUGUGGUGACCUACACAGUCCCUGGAAGUUCAGCAAGAACUGUCACGAGGACCGUCACUGAGGCAGCGACCUGUUCGACAACAACUUGGCCCACGCGCCCGCCAGGAGGGUACGGUCCAGGCUACGAUACUAGCUCGUGGAUCUAUCCUACUCAGAGCGCAUACUCGGAAAGUGGAAGUAUUCCAGCGAAGCAUGGACCUGGAGGAAAUCAUUGGGACGAGAAGAGUGGCAACAAUGCAAAGAAGAACGAUGCUUGA